AACUCGAAGCAAACAAAAGUUAAAGCAGAGCAUCAUCUCUGCAAAAACAGUGAAUUAGAGAAGAGGAGAGAAGAGAGGAGAAGGAAGAGAAAGUUGAAGACUUUUUCCAUUGCAAUUUACUAAAGCAUUCUCCUUUCUCUCUCUCUCUUCUUCUUGAAUUCCUUUCAAGGCAAGGCAAGGCAAGGAAACCAUUCUCUCUCUUCUUGUUGGAGUAUAAAACAAGAGGGACUGUGUGUGAAGGAUACUAGGGAUGUUUGGGUGUGAGUGUUUUUGUUGGGACUGUGUCCCAGAAUUCUAUGAUCCUGAGCCACUUCCCUUCUCUCUGCCUUCACCUCUUCCACAAUGGCCACAAGGUGGCGGUUUUGCUGGUGGAAGAAUAUGCCUUGGAAAAUUAGAAGUUUUAAAAGUAACAAAGUUUGAGAGAGUUUGGAGAUGCACACGUUUGCAUGGAAAUCCACAGGGUUUCACAUUUUAUAGACCUUUGGAGAUUCCAGAUGGCUUUUUCUGCCUUGGUCACUACUGCCAGUCCAAUGACCAGCCAUUGAGAGGAUAUGUUCUUGUGGCUCGUGAAAUUACUUCGGAACCUGAAGCUGAUUGUUCCCUUGGCUCCGUGUUAGAAUCUCCAGCUCUAAAAAAGCCUCUUAACUACUCUUUAAUAUGGAGCAUGGAUUCACAUGAUGAUUGUGUUUACUUUUGGUUGCCAAACCCUCCAAUGGGUUAUAAAGCCAUGGGCAUAGUAGUUACUAGCAAUCCAAAUGAACCUGAAGUUGAUGAAGUUAGAUGCGUGCGAGAAGAUCUAACAGAAACUUGUGAGACUUCUGAUCUAUUACUAGCGAUAAAGUCAAAUUUUUCAAAAAAAUCAUUUCAGGUUUGGAAGACACUGCCCUGUGAUAGAGGUAUGUUGUGUAGAGGUGUAUCUGUUGGGACAUUCUUCUGUGGCACCAAUUUUGAUUCUGAACAAGCGGUUGAUAUUGCGUGCUUGAAGAAUCUUGAUUCUUCCUUGCAUGCAAUGCCAAAUCUGAACCAGAUUCAUGCACUUAUUGAGCAUUAUGGGCCCACUGUGUACUUUCAUCCUGAUGAGAUAUACUUGCCAUCCUCAGUGCAAUGGUUUUUUAAGAAUGGAGCAGCUUUGCAUGCAGAAGGCAGUGAAAAGGGUCAAGCUAUAGACUAUCAGGGCUCAAAUUUACCUAGUGGAGGAACAAAUGAUGGUGCCUUUUGGAUUGAUUUGCCUACCAAUAAUGAUGCUAGAAAUAAUCUAAAGAAGGGAAACAUAGAGAGUGCAGAACUCUAUGUUCAUGUAAAACCAGCAUUGGGAGGAGCCUUUACUGAUAUUGCAAUGUGGGUUUUUUGCCCCUUCAAUGGACCUGCCACCCUUAAAGUGCCAUUGAUGAACAUUGAGAUGAAUAAGAUAGGGGAACAUGUGGGAGACUGGGAGCACAUCACCCUUCGUGUAAGCAACUUCACUGGAGAGCUAUGGUCUGUUUUCUUUUCUCAGCAUAGUGGAGGUGAAUGGGUAAAUGCAUUCAAUCUGGAGUUUAUUAAGGGGAAUAAACCAAUUGUUUAUUCAUCAAGACAUGGCCAUGCUAGCUACCCUCAUCCUGGGACUUACCUUCAGGGAUCAUCCAAACUUGGAAUAGGAGUACGCAAUGAUGCAGCUCGAAGCAAAUUUAUUGUGGAUUCAAGCAUCAAAUAUAAGAUUGUUGCGGUCGAGUAUCUUGGUGAUGGAGCCAUUACAGAACCAUGUUGGUUGCAGUAUAUGAGAGAGUGGGGUCCUACCAUUGUAUAUGAUUCACGUUCGGAAAUAGAAAAGCUAAUAGAUCUCCUUCCACUGUUCGUUAGAUUUUCUGUGGAGAACUUAAUUGAAUUAUUUCCAACAGAGCUUUAUGGUGAGGAGGGGCCAACUGGGCCAAAGGAGAAGGACAAUUGGGUAGGAGAUGAAUAUUGCUAGUCCUGUUUAUUGUUACCAUCUCUUGCUAUGUUACUCUUUCUACUAGCCAUGUCUUGUGAGCUCUUGUUUUUCCACUCAUUUUGAUGGGAAAGGAAUCCAAACUUAUAAGAUAGUAUCUUUCUAUCUUGGUAAUGGUAUGUUUUGUGUGUAUCACUAUGGAAGUGGUGAAGAGGACCAAGACAUCAUCAUCAAUCAUGUGUCGAUUGUAAAGGAGGUGUACCUCAGAUAGUAGCAACUCAUGCCAUUCUUAGUGGCGUGAAAAAACAAAAGCGCUCUGAUGUUAAGAGUUGCUUAAAAGAAUAUGUAUAACUACAUACAAAAUAUGAAUAUGUAUAAGCCAGUGUUAUUGGUAUUAUAGACAUUUCUGGUCUCUUUGUUAGAUAAUCUUGUUGCCAGUGCUUGGUGGGAGACAUGAAAAUUUUGUUAGUGUUCCAAGUAUUGCUGGUCAUGGAGCAGGAUUGUCUUUGAUUCAGUGUGGUUAUAUCACUUAAUUCACUUGUAUUCGUUUGCUUGGAAAUUUUGGUUUAUCUAUUCA